GAUACCAAUCAGGUAGGAUGUUCAACAUUCGAUCUUUAGUGAUUCAGACAUUUCUUCGACGUGACUAUCAUUGAUUCAACCAUGAAACUCACAGUAGUUGUUGCUUUUUGCCUUAUUUUUAUGGUCAAUUUCGCAGUUUCUUCGUAUAUUAAAAAAAACUCUUGUGAUGACCCCAAUGCUCACUAUGGCUGUGAAUCUCCCUGUAUACCAACGUGCAACUAUCGCCAAUUUGCAAACUGUGCAUCAAAGUGCAUCAAUGGUUGUUUUUGUAACCAAGAUUAUAUUCUAAGUAGAGAACAAGGAAAAUGUGUUUUGGUAAAAGAUUGUUUCCCUCACUAAGAGCUAUUUUAUGAUAUACAGUAUUGGAAAUCUUUUUUUCGGAACAUAGGCACUUUCAAUACAGUAAGUUAGGUUCUUGAUUUGCAAUUAACCAGUGUAACUUUCAAGCCAACGUCGCGAUGUUUCAUAUUUAAUUCAUUUGUUCGACUGCACCAAACUGAGAUCUCUUUUUUGCAAUUAACCAGUGUAAAAUUCAAUAUAACGUGGCGAUGUUUUAAAAUUGAUUAAUUUGUUCGACUGUAAUCUCUUUACCGCUUGUUAUCACACCUUCGCAAGCAAACGUUGCAAUCCGAUGGGGCACCUUAGUUCAGGGUAUUCGAACAAAUGAAUUAUUAAAUAUGAAACAUCGCGAAGUUAUCUUGAAAUAUACACUGGUUAAUUGCAAAUCAAGAAUCUAACUUAUUGCAUUGAAAGUGUCUAUGUUCUAUAUUUUAUAGAUUGUAGACUUCUUUAUGAUAAUCAUCUUUAUAACUGAUAUGUUAGAAAUACUUAUAUGCCAUUUUGUACUAAAAAUAAUAAAUAAAUAAUUAAAAUAUAAAA